GCCGUAUGGCGCCGCAAAGAAACUCAACAGAUUGCAGUAAAGACGUGUUUGUGUUUCAGGAAACCGUUCAGUGCUCUGGCCUUCUCCCAUGAUGGAAAACACCUGGUCACUGAGCGGUCACAUGCCCUGUGUGCGGGUGUGGGAGGUGGAUGGUGGUCAGGUGGCCGAGGUUCAGUCUCAUAAAUACGGAGUUUCCUGUGUGGCGUUCUCCACCAACAGCUGCUACAUCGUGUCUGUGGGAUACCAGCAUGACAUGACUGUUGGUGUGUGGGACUGGAGGAAAGGUGAGAUCAUCGCCUCCAACAAAGUGUCCAGCAGAGUUUCCUCCAUCUCGUUCUCUCAGGACAACAGCUACUUCGUCACUGCGGGAAACCGACACGUCAAGUUCUGGUACCUGGACGCCUCCAAAGAGAGACGGGUGAACAGCACGGUGCCUCUGAUUGGUCGGUCAGGGUUGCUAGGAGACCAUAAGAACAGUGUGUUCAGCGGGGUGGCGUGCGGGCGUGGCCUCGUGGCGUCCAGCACCUACUCCAUCACCAGCUCAGGUCUGCUGUGUCUGUUCAACAGCAGCCGACACCUGGAGGCCUGGGUCAACCUGAAGACGUCGGCGGCGAGCUGUCUGGCGGUCAGCGAGGACUUCAUCUUCUGUGGUUGUGCUGACGGAGUCAUCAGAGUGUUCAGUCCAUCCAACCUGCAGUACAUCACCACUCUGCACCACCCUCACCGCCUGGGGGUCGACCUCACGCAGAGUGUACAGCACAGUCUUGGCGCUCGGUACCCUGACACAAUGGCCGUGACCUUUGACCCCGCCGCCCGUCAUCUGACGAGUGUGUACAACGACCACAGUGUUUACGUUUGGGACGUCAACGAUGUGAAGAGCGCCUGGAAGCUCUACUCUGCUCUGUACCACAGCAGCUGUGUGUGGAGCGUCGAGGUGUAUCCAGAGCUGUCCGAUGUGUCUCAGGCGUGUCUUCCUCCGUCCUCUUUCCUCACCUGUUCCUCUGAUAACACCAUCAGACUGUGGCACACCGACCCCCCCACCGGACACGGAAACCUCUACAGCGACGACCUGCAGAGGAUUCUGUAUGUGGGGGAGAACACGCAGCACCUGCAGGCCGAGGGGGAGAAGGGGGGGGAGGCCGCCGGGGCUGAUGGGAAAGCUGGCGUCAGAGUCCUGAGCAUCAGUCCUGAUGGACAACACCUGGCAGCCGGAGACCGCUGUGGAAACCUGCGGUGAGAAACACGUGAUGGCGGCGUGGUGAUGGCGGCGUGGUGAUGGCGGCGUGGUGAUGGCGAAUAACAACUGAUCAGGGCUCUGUAGUUAUUAUUGAUCUCUGCUGCCCUCUGCUGGACAACACCUCUAGUUCUACACAUAUUAACCUUUAAGCCUCACAUGGACAUUUGGGCUUUUUCAUUGUUAAAGUUUCGGCUGUUUAAAUGUUAAACAUUUAUAAUUAGGUCUAUAAUAAACUAUGUAGCCAAAUAAAGAUAAAACUACAAAAAUGUCCCCAUUAAAACAAAAUGUUUGAUCCCACGACCAUUACAGCAUCAAACAAUUUAUUUUGACAUUUGACGUGCUUUUUCUCAUAAUCAAUACUGUUCUAUAUACUAUAUUAUACAUAGUUAACUGUGUGUGUGUG